UUAAAGAGAUCUCAUAUUUUAUGCGGUUAAUGCCUACCUAAUAGACAAAUGAAAAUACACGCAAAAAAAAAAAAAAAAAUUCAAAAUUUGAACUGAAAUUGUCUAAUUGGAACUCGUCAUUAGGACUUGAGGUGUUGAAUUAUAACAUGGCUUAGUUCAAGUGUCUAAAUGGAAUAUACUGGCAAGUUUAAGGGUGCUUGGCCAUGUAUUAAGCCUUAAUUUUUUGUUUAAUGAUCUUAUGGCUAUUGAUUUUUGUUUUGUUUGCAUAUGUUGUGUUUAGAUAUUUGUGUCCGGAGCCAUAUCCUGAAGCUAAUAUGGAGUUCCUAAAUGCGAAUGGAAUUCGGCUUUACCAGUUCGCCAUUGAAGGAUCCAAGGAGCCACCACUGGUCAACAUCCCAGAGGAAAAAAUAAGAGAAGCUUUGAGAGUUGUCCUUGAUGAAAAGAACCGCCCUCUGUUAAUUCACUGCAAAAGAGGAAAGCACCGAACUGGUAGCCUUGUGGGGUGCCUCAGAAAAUUACAGAAAUGGUGCCUCACCUCAAUUUUUGAUGAGUACCAAAGGUACGCUGCUGAGAAAGCUAGAGUAUCAGAUCUGAGGUUCAUGGAGUUGUUUGACAUUUCCGGCUUCAAGCAGCCAUCGACAUUCUCUUCACAUUCCAAGAAUUAAAUGGAUAAGAUGUACAGUACGAGAGGCAAUUUUGGCUUUGCAUUCUUAACCAAACAAAAUUUUCGAGUCAACUCCCAAGAGUAUUGGAUUCCUCAAAUGAACUUUGGUUAUGGUUUCCGCUGGUAUCCG